CCGGCGCCAGAGGCGGCCGGCCGGGAAUGCUUCGUCAGGACUCCGAUUUCCUGCCCCAGUGUUUGGGUUUCCUGGAGCCCGCGCCCGCCGCGAGCGGGGUGGUCGGAGCCGCGCCGCAGAGCCGCCCCCCGGGCAGGGUCGCCCGCCCCUUCCUGCGCCUCCCUCCUCCCUCCUCCCUGCUCCCUCCCUCGCUCCCUCCUUCCCUCCCUCCGGCGCGGCGGGCCCUGUGCGCUCGGGCAGCCCCGGCCCGCGCCUCCACCCCGCCGCCACCGCGCUCGCCGGCCCGCCAUGGAAUAAUGCGCAGCCGCCCGCCGCUCCCGGAUGCCGGACCAGAUCAGCGUCUCCGAGUUCAUCGCCGAGACCACCGAGGACUACAACUCGCCCACCACGUCCAGCUUCACCACGCGGCUGCACAACUGCAGGAACACGGUCACGCUGCUGGAGGAGGCUCUCGACCAAGAUAGAACAGCCUUACAGAAAGUGAAGAAGUCCGUAAAAGCGAUAUAUAAUUCCGGUCAAGAUCACGUACAAAAUGAAGAAAACUAUGCACAAGUUCUCGAUAAGUUUGGGAGUAACUUUUUAAGUCGUGACAACCCAGAUCUUGGCACUGCUUUUGUCAAGUUUUCUACUCUUACAAAGGAAUUAUCCACACUGCUGAAAAAUCUGCUUCAGGGCCUGAGCCACAAUGUGAUCUUCACCCUGGAUUCCUUGUUGAAAGGAGACUUGAAGGGAGUCAAAGGAGAUCUCAAGAAGCCGUUUGACAAAGCUUGGAAAGAUUAUGAGACAAAGUUUACAAAAAUCGAGAAGGAGAAGAGAGAGCAUGCAAAACAGCACGGGAUGAUCCGCACAGAGAUCACUGGAGCCGAGAUUGCUGAGGAAAUGGAGAAGGAGAGGCGUCUCUUCCAGCUGCAGAUGUGUGAAUAUCUCAUUAAAGUCAAUGAAAUCAAGACCAAGAAGGGUGUGGACCUGCUGCAGAAUCUUAUCAAGUAUUACCAUGCACAGUGCAAUUUCUUUCAAGAUGGCUUGAAAACAGCUGAUAAAUUGAAACAGUACAUUGAGAAGCUGGCUGCUGACUUAUAUAAUAUAAAACAGACCCAGGAUGAAGAAAAGAAACAGCUGACUGCACUUCGGGACUUAAUAAAAUCUUCUCUUCAGCUGGACCAGAAAGAAGACUCCCAGAGUCGACAGGGAGGGUACAGCAUGCACCAGCUCCAAGGCAACAAGGAAUACGGCAGUGAAAAGAAGGGCUACUUGCUGAAGAAGAGUGACGGGCUUCGGAAAGUGUGGCAGAGGAGGAAGUGUGCUGUCAAAAAUGGGAUUCUGACCAUCUCACAUGCCACAUCCAACAGACAGCCAGCUAAGUUGAACCUUCUCACCUGCCAGGUGAAGCCGAAUGCUGAGGACAAAAAGUCUUUUGACCUGAUAUCACAUAAUAGGACAUAUCACUUCCAAGCAGAAGAUGAACCGGACUAUGUAGCAUGGAUAUCGGUGCUGACGAACAGCAAAGAGGAGGCCCUGACCAUGGCCUUCCGAGGAGAGCAGAGCACGGGGGAGAACAGCUUGGAGGACCUGACGAAAGCCAUCAUAGAGGACGUGCGGAGGCUGCCGGGGAACGACGUCUGCUGCGACUGUGGCUCCUCAGAGCCCACCUGGCUGUCGACCAACUUGGGGAUUCUGACCUGUAUCGAAUGUUCCGGCAUCCACAGGGAGAUGGGGGUCCACGUCUCUCGGAUCCAGUCCUUGGAACUAGACAAGUUAGGAACUUCUGAGCUCUUGCUGGCCAAGAAUGUAGGAAACAAUAGUUUUAACGAUAUUAUGGAAGCAAACUUACCCAGUCCCUCACCAAAACCCACCCCUUCAAGUGACAUGACUGUACGAAAAGAAUAUAUCACUGCAAAGUAUGUAGACCAUAGGUUUUCACGGAAGACGUGUUCAUCUUCCUCAGCUAAGCUGAAUGAAUUGCUGGAGGCCAUAAAAUCCAGGGACUUACUUGCACUAAUUCAAGUCUAUGCAGAGGGGGUAGAGCUAAUGGAGCCUUUGCUGGACCCUGGACAGGAACUUGGGGAGACAGCCCUUCAUGUCGCGGUCCGCACUGCCGAUCACACAUCUCUUCAUUUAGUUGACUUUCUUGUACAAAACUGCGGGAAUCUAGAUAAGCAGACAGCCGUCGGGAACACAGUUCUGCACUACUGCAGCAUGUACAGCAAGCCCGAGUGUCUGAAGCUUCUGCUCAGGAGCAAGCCCACUGUGGAUGUUGUUAACCAGUCAGGGGAGACGGCUUUGGACAUAGCAAAGAGACUGAAGGCUUCCCAGUGUGAAGAUCUGCUUUCCCAGGCGAAAUCUGGCAAGUUCAACCCACACGUCCAUGUGGAAUACGAGUGGAACCUUCGGCCAGAGGAGAUGGACGAAAGUGACGACGACCUGGACGACAAACCAAGCCCCAUCAAGAAGGAGCGCUCCCCAAGACCACAGAGCUUCUGCCACUCUUCCAGCAUCUCCCCCCAAGACAAGCUGUCGCUGCCGGGGUUCGGGACCCCUCGGGACAAGCAGCGGCUGUCCUACAGCGCCUUCACCAGCCAGUCCUUCGCCUCCACAAGCACAGACUCGAUGUCCCCAACCGCCGAGGCCCCCCCGCUGCCUCCUAGAAAUGCCGGCAAAGGUCCAACUGGCCCACCUUCAACACUCCCUCUAAGCACCCAGACCUCUAGUGGCAGCUCCACCCUGUCCAAGAAGAGGCCUCCUCCCCCACCACCCGGACACAAGAGAACCCUGUCCGACCCUCCCAGCCCACUACCUCACGGGCCCCCAAACAAAGGCGCAGUUCCUUGGGGUAACGAUGUAGGCCCACCGUCUUCAAGUAAGACCCCGAACAAGUUUGAGGGAUUGUCUCAGCAAUCAAGCACCAGUUCUGCGAAGACUGCCUUUGGCCCACGAGUUCUUCCUAAACUACCUCAGAAAGUGGCACUAAGAAAGACAGACACAAGCCAUCAUCUCUCCCUGGACAAAGCCAACGUCUCGCCCGAGGUGUUCCAGAAAUCGCAGCCGUUGGCGGAUCUGGCCCACAGGCCGCCCCCCGGAGACCUGCCCCCGAAGCCCACAGAACUGGCUCCCAGACCCCAGAUGGGCGAUUUGCUGCCCAAGCCAGCAGACCUGCCCCCCAGACCCCAGCUCUCAGAUUUACCUCCCAAGCCACAGAUGAAGGACCUGCCCCCCAAGCCUCAGCUGGGAGGCCUGCUGGCGAAACCCCAGCCUGGAGACGUCUCGCCCAAGGCUCAGCCGGCCGCCGCGGACAUGGUCGCGCAGAAGUCACACCCGGCGGAUCUGUCCCCGAGCCUGCAACCCCGGGACACCCUUCAGAAGCAGGCGUCGGAGGACUCCGGCGACCUCACCCCCACCCUGUCGGAGAUGCCCGUGCCGCUGCCCAGGAAAAUCAACACGGGGAAGAACAAAGUGAGGCGCGUGAAGACCAUUUAUGACUGCCAGGCAGACAACGAUGACGAGCUCACCUUCAUCGAGGGAGAGGUGAUUGUCGUCACUGGGGAGGAGGACCAGGAGUGGUGGAUCGGCCACAUUGAAGGGCAGCCGGAGAGGAAGGGGGUCUUCCCAGUGUCCUUUGUUCACAUCCUGUCCGACUAGCAACAAGCAGAACUGUUCAGAUUGUCCACACCUACCCUUCACGCAGGACUGCUGGCUUCACGUCACCCCGUGCACACCGUGUACAUAGCUGCUGGAAUGGAACGAGGAGCCCCCUGCAAGGGCCCCUCAGGAGGGGAGUGUAGUGUGUGCUGUAAAUAUGUCCUUUGGUCUUCUGCCUCUGCCAGUAUUAGGAUAGCCUCGGGACCCGGCACGCCGUUACUGGCUUGCCAAAGCCACCCUUGGCAACUAGCACUUGCAUCUCCUUCUCUGCGCUGUUUUCCAAGCAAACAAAAGCAGGAAUAUAGGAACUUCCAGCUUCGCGAAUACAAGUGUUCUCCAGCAUCCGUUAAAAGGCAUAGACUUGACUCUGUGCCCCCAACAAUGCAGUAUUCUCAAUCGUGUUACUGAACAUGCGAUACCUUAGCAAAGAGGUGGGUUCUGUUUGCCCAGGUGACACGUUAGCUCCAUGACAGACCGGCCUGUAGUUAGUUGCCUGUGUACACUGUUCCCAGCUGCAAAAACCCACUUUGGUAUUUAUUAUGGGGAAAAGAGCUCAGUUAAAUGUGUUACUCCUUCAGCAAAAUAUUCAUUGACCUAAAAAAAAAAAAAAAAACCUUUGGUGGCAUUUCACAAUGUCAGCAGCCUCAUGCAAGUAUAGACAAGUGGACUGAGUUCCUUCUUAAUAAAGGUGAGUGCCCCCCCAGAUAUUAUUACCUCAUUAUGCAAAAAGAACAUAUCCUUCAUAACUAUUUUGACGAAAGUUUCAAACACACCAGAUGGAGUUCAACUUAAAGGAACCAAGGACUGCCAGACGUCCUUAGCCUCAACAUUACACAUGCUUAGAAGCUUACCUGAAAUCUGCCUUUUAUAAAGGAAUAGUUAUGGAUAAGUUGAACUCUACUUUUUUUUUUUUUAAACUCGAUGGCCAUUAAAGCAGACAUUGUAAGAUCGCUACGAUACUUGCUUCUAGCCCGUCACUUGACUUUUUUUCUCCAGAGUAUGAAUCUGCACACACUUAACAAUCACACCCAUCAAGUGCUGCCUAAGCCUCUUUUCUGAGUUGCAUUCCUGGAUAAAUUUAAAAGUGUUUAGAAGAUUUCCCCACGAAGAUGAUGGCAUUGAACAAGUCAGCUCUUCACACCUUUCCCCACUGUAGAAUUCAGGUGCUGAAACUAACUAGCCUUUCCCUUUCCCACGCUCUCCACUAAGCCCCAGCUGUGGUUACGUUUUUCCAGUCUUAAGCUCUAUUCAAUAAAUAUGUUGCCUUCAAGUUGAUUCAGAUCCAGGUUUUUGAAAGCUGCUAUGGACCGCACUGUGAGAAACACUCUCCACCCCCACCCCCACCCCCACCCCCAUUGGGUCUUUCCCCCUCUCGGUUUUCUUCCAUCCUCUGAGUGUUUAUCAGACCACUAGGAACACCAGGAGCGUUCAGGUCUUUUUCAUCAGUCUGCGUUUUUGGAAAAGGACACAAAGCGUUUUCACUCCGCUGUUGCUUGGGGAGGGUUCUCUGGUUUUGAAGCUCCUGUGUCACUCUGGUUUUACAUUCGCUUAAAACUGCUCUGCUGGCAAUAGCACAGAAAACUAAUAUUUGUAAGCAGAUAAUCUUGGCAACAAGUGAGAAGUGUUCAUUUCACAGAAGCACAACUCCCAACCAAACCUGUAAGAUUUAAAAAAAAAAAAAAAACUCUCUUGAAUAAAAGUCACAGUGCUCAGUGAUGAUUACUUUAGUUCUGCUUACAUGAUAACUAAGAAAACUUUGUAGCCACAUAAUAAAAAUGAACCUUGCAUGACAGACCUGCAGCAUUAUCAGCUGUUACUGGAAAAUGAUCGUAAGAAUCGCUUCCUCAAUGCGACGGCACAUGAGAGCCCACACAAAAUGGCAGCAGCAGGGCCCAGAGGCCUGGUGGUGGAGGGUCCUGGCGGGCUCCGUGCCUCAGCCUCUCUGGUGUCAGGACAAGAAAUCAGCUGAGGUUGUGUGGUGACCCUGUUGAUCCCAUUGACGCGUUUUAAGUUGCAUUGAAGAGCUAUUCAUUUUUGUGGCCUAUAGUAUUUUAAACUGAUGUCAAAAUAAACUGGUUUUGAAAAAACACCUGAAAAUGAAAUGCCUGAAGUUCCGGGGUGUCCUUGUCUAUUCUUUUUCCCUGAUCGCAACAGCUUACGUGAAUAUGUUUUUAAUAAUGUGUUUUCGUUUGUUUGUUUUUAAUCAGGAAUCGGAGUUCUUUCUGGUCUUGCUUACUGUGGGACAUAGGAAAACUAGAUAUAAAUACCUUCAAUGAUCUUAGUUCAGUUUAAAUCUGAUAUUGUAUUUUAACUCAGUAAGCCACUCUGCAAUUUUGUACCUGAUAGAGUAUUUUGAAGGUUUGAAACCUUAUGAAAAAAAUAGCUAAUUAGUUUUCCCCUCCAGAGGGAAAAAUUAUCUUCUGAAAAUAGUGUGUCUUCUUUUACUGUUGAACAGCAACUGCUAUUUAUUUUUUUAUUGCCUAGAACUUCAACAUGUUGUGUAGGAAUCCCAUAGUACCACUAAUUACAUUUCAGAUUCUCAUUUGGAUGUCACAGUCAAACAUCAGUACACUUGUCAUUUCCCAUGUAUUUAAUGUGACAGUCUUUCAGUACUGUAUAUGUUAAUUUCUACUUUUUUAAUAUUUAAAAUUGCUUUUAAAUAAACAUAUUCUCAGUUGAUCCCAAA